CUUUAUUUGCUAUUAAUUUGGUUUUCAGGACCCUCGUUGAGAUUCUCCCUGUAAAAUUCUCCCUAGUAGAAAUAUCCUGUCGUCCUCGUUGUCCAAAUUUUCAUAGGAUUCUGCAUCCUUCUUAUCCUGGAAUUCCGAUGUUCUAUGUACUAUAUUUUGAAAUCCUUCCCGUUGUCCGUUAUCUAAGAUUUUGUUUUGUCUUGUCUUAUGUUUUUGCCCUUUUCCUUACCGGUUUUUGGGCAGGAAAACUUGGAGCCAAAAUCAUUAAAGAUGCCCAUUGCCAGGAUAAGCAACUCUGGCACUGGUAGUGAGUGAUAGCAUUUUCCACGGGUCCAAAACCCUUAAACCCCCGUCUUUUAGCAUUCCUUUUUUCUCUGCGGUAUCCGUCUCUAACAUGGGCGAGUCUAGCAAUAAAUCUGCUCCCAAUUUUGACGCUGCUGUUGCUGGAGUUUCACCAUCGAAGUCUGCCACGAUUGGAAAGAGGGAGGCUGAGGAUGAACCUGAGAAGCUAGUGACUGCAAAGAAGCAGAAGAGAGACUGGGUUUCCGAAAAUCAAAGGAAGGAAAGUAGUUCAGAUGAUUCGUUUUCAGAUCCUGGAAACUCAGACGAAGAUUCUGGUUUGAACGAUUCCAAGUUAGCCACUGCUGAAGGCAAGAGUGGACCCAGUGCUGUGAAGAAGAAAGUCGAAUCAAGGUCAGAUACAGGGAGUAGCUCUAUUGACAAAGAUGAUAUAAAAACAGAGGCAACCAUAGUGCCUGAGAAAUUCCCUGAUGCUAGUGAGAAAGAUCCUGCUAAGGAAGUUGAUUCAAGUAAAGCCUCAGGCUUAGAUUCUGACACCAGAACUAAUGAGGAUAUGGACAAUGUAACCACAUCAUCGAAGGAGUUGCUUGCUACUUCUGCUGCAGGUAAUAAUAUAUCUACUAAGAAGGUUGAGUCAAGCAAUGACUCAUCCCUGGAUAGUGGCUUAGAUGAGGAGGAUGUCCAGAAAGCACAUGUGACAUCAUCCAAGAAGCUGCCUGCUUCUUCAGUUGCUCAAAGGGAGGGGAUUGAGAAAAUUGACAACUCCUAUGAUGAAUCAAGAGAAGGCUUUGAUGAAUGCAAUGUUUCCGAAGAAAAUGAGGAGAUCAAGGAGAAGCCUUCUACUACUCCUCAGAAAAAUGUGAAAGAUGAUGAAAUGGUUGAUGCUGCCUCAACAGGGGCAACUAGAAAGGAAGUUCCUAAAUCAGCUGCUGCUCCAGAAAAACAAAAUGCCACAUCAAAAAAAAUAUUUGUUGGUAACUUAUCCUACGAGGUGAAAAGGGCCAAUUUGGAAGAUUUAUUUAAGAAUUGUGGAGAAAUUGUUGAUGUCUCUUUUGGUUUAUAUCGCGAUGGGAUGUUUAGAGGCUUUGCACAUGUUGAGUUUGCCACUGAAGAAGCUGCGAAACAUGCCCUUAUGUUGAAUGGGAGAGAGCUGUUAAGACGUUUUGUCAGAAUUGAGAUAGCCCGUGAAAAGUUUGCUUAUACCCCUAAUAGCAGUUGUAUGAACAGGAACAACUCAUUGAAGGGUUUUCAAGCAUCCUUUGGAGAAGAUGGGCCUACAACGUCAGCACCGUCUGAAGAACAAAAUGCCAGAUCGAAGAUGCUAUUUGUUGGAAACUUGUCAUAUAGUGCGGAAAGGGCUGAUUUGGAAAAUUUAUUUAAAGAUUGUGGAGAAAUUGUUGAUAUUCGAUUUGCUACAGAUCGUGAAGGGAGGUUUAAAGGCUUCGCUCAUGUUUUAUUUGACACAGAAGAAGCAGCACAAAGUGCCCUUAUGUUGAACGGAGAAGAACUGUUGAGACGACCUCUCAGACUUGAUCUAGCUCCUGAAAGGGGUGCAUAUACACGCAGUAUCAAGAAUGAAGCUACCCGGGAGGAUCCUUCAUUAGCAGGAAAUGAGGCUAGAAUGCCAGCUGCUCCAAAAGAACAAAAUGCCACAUCAAAGACAGUAUUUGUCGGAAACUUGUCAUAUAGCGUGGAAAGGGUUGAUUUGGAAAAUUUAUUUAAAGACUGUGGAGAAAUUAUUGAUAUCCGUUUAGCUACAGAUCGUGAAGGGAGGUUUAAAGGAUUUGGACAUGUUGAGUUUGCCACUCAAGAAGCAGCACGAAAUGCCCUUAAGUUGAAUGGAAACGAACUGUUGAGACAAUAUAUAAGGCUUGAUUUGGCUAAUGAAAAGAUUGUGCAUUCUUCCAGUAGCAGGGACGGCUCUGGAAGUGUUGAGUCUCAAACAGUGUUUGUAAGGGGUUUUGAUACAUCCUUAAGAGAAGAUGAGAUAAGAAAUAGCCUGGAAGAGCAUUUCAGUUCUUGUGGAGUAAUUUCAAGGAUAUCAAUUGCACGAGAUUAUGGCACCGGUUCUACUAAAGGGUAUGCUUGGUUGGACUUCAUGGAUGUUGAUGGCUUUAAUAAAGCACUAGAACUUGAUGGAAUUGAGGUUGGAGGUUAUAUAUUGUCUGUGGAGAGAAGACGACCUCGGCGUUAUAUUCAAGAUGGUAGAGGUGGCAGUGAUCAAAUAGGCGGAUGGCGUGGCGGUGAUCAAAUAGGCGGAUGGCAUGGUGGUGAUCAAUUUGGUGGAUGGCGUGGUGGUGAUCAAGUUGGUGGAUGGCAUGGAGGUGGCCAAUGGGGUCAUGGAAGAGGUUAUGCCAGCAGGUGGCAUUGAACGAACAAUAAAUUAAGCCUUGUAGCAGAAGGCCCAGAAACUAUAAUGUACGCGGCCACUUUAGACUUGAAGUUGCUAUGAUUUGCUACAACAGGAGAUGUACACUUUGGUGCCGUUUUAUGUCAUCCAGUGGCAGACAUGGCUAAAAGGCAGUGUUUGAAUGAAUCGCAAAUCAUAAGUGAUAUCUGUGGGUUCCAUGAUUUGGUAGAGGUAGGAAAUGCAUGACUGUGGGUUAUAAGAAAAGAAAGAAAGAAAGAAAGAAAGGGAAAAAAAGAAAAAGAAAUGCAUGAUUGCACUCAAAUGAAUGAAACCGUGAUAUUGAUUCAUUUAGUUUUGAGUAGUCUACUUAGGAUCAAAAAAUGUAGGUUGAAUCAUAAAGAUGGCACAUUCCAUGACUCAAGUUUAAUCUGGAUAUUUGGGCAAAAGAGAAUAAGGAACAUGAAUUUUUAGUCAUGGAUUAGAUUUGUUGAGUCAUGGAAAUUCUGAUCACUCAGGUGACGGUGAUAUAUUGCUAGAUAUGGCUAGAUGUUGUCAUUGUAAUCCCAAGGUCAUUGCCAAUGUAAUAAGAACCUUCAUGGUCGCACAAAAGAGUAGACACGGCUUUAGCAAUGGGUUAAGGGUCAUUUUUACCUUCCAACUUUACCUGAAAGGUCUAUGGGCACCGUAAACUCAACCAUAGGUCAAUUUUCUCUCUCAACGUUAAAAAGUCGCUACCUUGGUAACCCUGACGUUAACUCAUCUCUUCUCUCAUUAUGUGCGUCCUACAUUUGAAAUAUUUUUUAUUAUAAAAUAUUGCACAUUGGGUCCCACACUUGAUUUUUUAAAAUAUUUUUUAUUGUAAAAUAUUGCACAAUGGGACCCACAUAAUGGGUGAAUAAUGUCAGGGAUAUCGAGAUAGAGAAUUUCUAACAUUGAGGGGCAAUAUUGACUUAUAGUUGAGUUUAAAGUAUCCAUAGACCCUUUGGUUAAAGUUGAGGGCAAAAAUAACCCUUAACCCAUCAUGAAUUAAUUUAACACACUUAAGGUUACCGGAAAUCAUAAUGGCCUGUAUAAUAUAAUUACAUUGCCACUAUUCAAUAUUAAAUUAAUGUUAAAUUAUAUCAUAUUCAAUCUUUAGGCUUUAACAAACUAAAUUUGGUUUCAUUAUUGAUCAUGGUCAGUCUAGGCUAGUAAAUAGUGUUAUAGAAUUGUAUUUAAUAAUAUUGGUUUUAAUUAUUAGCUACAGUAAUAUUUGGCCAAUAAUUAAAGCCCAAGAAAGUUUGAUUACAUUACAUUGAGUUUAAUUAAUUAGCCACAAUCGAGUUGUGUCAAUAAUAAAAAACCAAUGCACUCUUCAU